GGACAGAGGGUGCAAAAUUCACCUAUUUCUUUUUUUUUCUUCGUUCUGGGCAUCCAUUUAGGAAGGGGGCAUUGGCGUUUUGGAGAACAAAAACUGUGUCCCAUUCCGAAAAAAGGGAGGACAAGCAAACAGUUGCCGUCAUGGGAGCAGGAGAAGAAGGCUGGAUCAAAGCAGGCAAAGUUGCUAGACAAACAACAGGAACAAAGGGGGAUGGGAGGGGGGAUCACAGAUACAAGGUUACUGCAUCGUAAUGCCUUCUUAUUAAUGCCAAAGAUGAUGAUGCCUCGAGCAUUGGAUGAACCUUCAAAACCUGUCUAUCUGCAUUGCAACUUGAACUGUGAGAGAGCCUUUUCAUUCCUAUAG